GGCGCCAGAGCAGGAGGCGGCGGCCGCUGGAUCCCGCGAGCGGCCCCCGGACUUCUUUCUACCCUCGGUGCCGGGACCCUGCCGGUCCCCACUGGCCGCCGGGCCAAUCCUCACCAGGCCGGUGCUGACCUCCCCGUCCACGCGCAUCGGGGAAAGCCGCGCCGCGAGACAGACCCCGGUCCUCCGGGACCCCUGGCGCCUGGCCCUGCGUCGGGAGGCUUCAUCAUGGCGCCAUUCCUGCGCAUCUCCUUCAACUCCUAUGAGCUGGGCUCGCUGCAGACAGAGGAUGAGGCAAGCCAGCCUUUCUGUGCUGUGAAGAUGAAGGAGGCACUCAGCACAGAGCGAGGGAAGACCUUGGUACAGAAGAAGCCCACCAUGUAUCCUGAGUGGAAGUCAACAUUCGAUGCCCACAUUUACGAGGGCCGUGUCAUCCAGAUUGUGCUGAUGAGGGCAGCUGAAGACCCACUGUCUGAGGUGACUGUGGGCGUGUCAGUACUGGCUGAGCGCUGCAAGAAGAACAAUGGCAAGGCGGAGUUCUGGCUGGACCUGCAGCCUCAGGCCAAGGUGCUGAUGUCUGUGCAGUAUUUCCUGGAGGAUGGGGAUUGCAAACAGUCUAUGCGUAGUGAGGAGGAGGCCAAGUUCCCAACCAUGAACCGCCGUGGAGCCAUUAAACAGGCCAAAAUCCACUACAUUAAGAACCAUGAAUUCAUCGCCACCUUCUUUGGGCAACCCACCUUCUGCUCUGUGUGUAAAGAGUUUGUCUGGGGCCUCAACAAGCAAGGCUACAAAUGCAGACAAUGCAACGCUGCCAUCCACAAGAAAUGCAUUGACAAGAUCAUCGGCCGCUGCACUGGCACUGCUGCCAAUAGCCGGGACACCAUCUUCCAGAAAGAACGCUUCAACAUUGACAUGCCACACCGGUUCAAGGUUUACAACUACAUGAGCCCCACCUUCUGUGACCACUGUGGCAGCUUGCUCUGGGGACUGGUGAAGCAGGGGUUAAAGUGUGAAGAUUGUGGCAUGAAUGUGCACCAUAAGUGCCGAGAGAAGGUGGCCAACUUGUGUGGCAUCAACCAGAAGCUCUUGGCUGAGGCCUUGAACCAAGUGAGCCAGAGAUCUUCACGGAAGCUGGAUUCAGGACCAUCAGAGACUGUUGGAAUAUACCAGGGAUUUGAGAAGAAGACAGGAGUCUCUGGAGAUGAUUCCCUAGGUGAAGCUGGGUCAAAUACCCCCAUUAAAUCUCCCAUUCCCCAACAGUGCAAAGAAAGGUGCCAGUCUUUCAUACCGAACAACAAUGGGACCUAUGGCAAGAUCUGGGAGGGUAGCACCCGCUGCAACAUUGAUAACUUCACGUUCCACAAAGUGCUGGGCAAAGGCAGCUUUGGCAAGGUCCUGCUUGCAGAGCUAAAGGGCAAAGACCAAUACUUCGCCAUCAAAUGCCUGAAGAAGGAUGUGGUGUUGAUCGACGAUGAUGUGGAGUGCACCAUGGUAGAGAAGCGGGUGCUGGCGCUCGCCUGGGAGAAUCCCUUUCUCACCCACCUCAUCUGUACCUUCCAGACCAAGGACCACCUGUUCUUCGUGAUGGAGUUCCUCAAUGGGGGUGACCUGAUGUACCACAUUCAGGACAAAGGCCGCUUUGAACUCUACCGUGCUACGUUUUAUGCGGCCGAGAUCAUCUGUGGGCUACAGUUUCUACACAGCAAAGGUGUCAUUUACAGGGACCUCAAGCUGGACAAUGUGAUGCUGGACCGAGAUGGCCACAUCAAGAUAGCUGAUUUUGGGAUGUGCAAAGAGAAUAUAUUUGGGGAAAACCGGGCCAGCACCUUCUGUGGCACCCCUGACUACAUCGCCCCUGAAAUCCUGCAGGGCCUGAAGUAUACAUUCUCUGUGGACUGGUGGUCCUUUGGGGUCCUCCUCUACGAGAUGCUCAUUGGUCAGUCGCCCUUCCAUGGUGAUGAUGAGGAUGAACUCUUUGAGUCUAUCCGGGUGGACACGCCACACUAUCCCCGCUGGAUCACCAAGGAGUCCAAGGACAUCAUGGAGAAGCUGUUCGAGAGGGAGCCAGUCAAGAGGCUGGGAAUGACAGGAAACAUCAGACUUCAUCCCUUUUUCAAGACUAUCAACUGGGUCCUGCUGGAGAAGAGGAAGGUGGAGCCACCCUUCAAGCCCAAAGUGAAAUCCCCCGCAGACUACAGCAACUUUGACCAAGAGUUCCUGAGUGAGAAACCCCGCCUCUCCUACAGUGACAAGAACCUCAUCGACUCCAUGGACCAGGCAGCCUUCCGUGGCUUCUCCUUCGUAAACCCCAAGUUUGAGCAACUCCUGGACAAGUGAGCUCCCCGACCUGCUUUACACGCCAGUAGAGCAGGCCAGUCUGCCCUAGUUCCGCAUCCGCAUGCCCGUGGACACCCACGGGUGACUGGGUGUUUGCUGCUGCUGCCUCCUCACCUCAGAGGGUUCGGCUCUUGUUGCCUGGGCUCCCAGUACUCCUUCUGUGAACUGUUUGUGAAUUUGCUUUCCCUUUGCCGUCCGAGGGAAACUGUAAAUCCUGUGUUUCAUUACUUGAAUGUAGUUAUUGAAAUAUAUAUUAUAUAUAUGCACAUAUAUAUAAUAAGCUGUAUAUAUUGCUUAGUAUAGAAAGCAUGUAGGGGACUGGUAAUGUGUUGACUUUUUUUAAAAAAUAAAAAGCAUGUAUGUGUAUGUA